UCACAUGAACAACAAAGGUGAAAACCCUACACGCUCUUUUGGACCUGAAAAAACAGUUAAAUCAACUCCGCUGUUCAACAUCUCCUAAACAAAAAAAACACAGACAACCGAAGCAAACAAAACAAUGUCUUGCAAUUCCUCAGGUUGCCAAUCCAAUUGCUACAAAAACGGUGACCAAGUAUCGGACUCACCGCCACCACCACCACCACUAGCAGCAGCCAACAAUUAUAAUAAUUUAUGCCUCAAGUGCAAGACCAACAGCCCCAUCACUCCUGGAUCUCUUUCUGGUGAUGAAGCACGCUUUUGUGCUGAUUGCUUUAGAAGUAAUAUCUAUGGGAAGUUCAGGCUUGCUGUUACUUCUCAUGCCAUGAUUUCUCCUUCUGAUAACGUUCUUGUUGCUUUCUCUGGCGGCCCUUCCUCCAGGGUAGCUCUACAGUUUGUACAUGGGUUGCAAGAUAGAGCACAAAAGAAUUUUGAAGCAAGUAAGGAUAAAUCAUUGCCAGUUUUUGGUGUUGGAGUAGCGUUUAUUGAUGAAAGUGCAGUCUAUCCAGUUUCUUCUGAUAAAGUUGAUGGAGCGAUUCAGGAUAUGAGAUCGGUCGUGUCAAAUCUAGCCCCACCAACAAAACAGCUGCAUGUUGUUCCAAUUGAAAAUAUCUACGCUUCAGAUUCAAGUGAUGGGAAAGAUAGAUUGACGAAGUUAUUAGAUGCUGUUAAUGAUGCCACUGGGAAAGAAGAUCUUCUGCUGCAUUUGCGAAUGUUGGCUUUGCAAAUGGUUGCAUCUCAAAAUGGAUACAACAGACUGAUUCUAGGAUCAUGUACAUCAAGGAUUGCUUGCCAUGUCCUUGCAGCAACUGUUAAGGGCCAGGGAUAUUCUUUAUCAGCAGAUAUACAAUAUGUUGAUGCACGGUGGGAGAUACCAGUAGUGCUUCCACUUCGUGACUGUACUUCACAAGAGCUGAAUUUGUUGUGCCAACUUGAUGGUCUAAAGACUCUGCAACCGUUUGACAGUACUCCCUCUGGAAUCAACGGUUUGAUAUCUUCAUUUGUGAAUGUCUUGCAGGAAGAAAAUUCUUCUCGUGAGUGCACGAUUUUACGGACAGCUGGAAAGCUUACUCCAUUUGAAUUCAACAGGAUUCCUGAAACUGAUAACUGCAAUGUUCCUUUGGCUAUUCGAAGGCGUCAAAAGAGAUACAAUCUAAAGACGAAGGAAUCUAUUUCCUCAGAGUUGUUCUGUCCCAUUUGCAAUGGCCCCCUCAAGAAUUUUAAUUCCUUGAAUUUGAGCAGUCUCAAGAGUUGCCAAAGCUCAAGGUUUAAUGCUGCUUGUUGUUCAAGUUGCCAGUUUCAGAUAAUUCCCAAGGAUCCCUCAUCAAUGGAGAAUUUCUGUUCUCUUCUACCACAGCAAGUGGUUGACAGAGCAAAGCAUGGAAAUUGUAGCAAUUUAAGUUUGCUAAGGGAGCAAAUUCAAGAUUGCUUGCUUUCAGACAGUGAAGAUGAAACUUGAAUCAUGUGCCUAAUUUCAGAAUUCUCUCUUUUCCUAAUCGUCACUGGUUAUUUGGUAUUGAUACUAUAGGCACUUCCAGGAAGACCGCUCUGGGUUCCAGCUAUAUCUGGCAUCAAUCCCGUGCUUCCCAAAUAACCUCGUAUGGUGCUUCUAAUUCAUUAUUGCCCUAGAUAUCAUUAUUCUUGAUGAAAUGAACUAACAUUGUAGCUUGUAUUUAAGCUGGAAUUAUAUCCUUAAAUGACCUGAGCUGUGAUCUUUGUGCGCAAGGGCACGCACAAGAGCGUCAUGCUCAUGUAAUUCCCUGGAGGCCAUGACACAAGCUGCUUGUAGUGAAUGAGAAACAUGUCUUGUCAUUA